CCAUGCCUGUCGUUUGGCAACGUCACCCCCGCUACACGGUCCUCGUCGGCCUCGUCCUCAUCGCUACCUUUUAUUUCUUGAUCCCUUACGCUCCUGAGCACCGGCCUAAUGUCCAUUUCUCGAGCGUCAUGAGGGACAACGACCUGUCGUCUCGGGUAGAGCGCUCAACGCGUAUCUACGACAAACUGCUCACGAACCGACAAGGGCUCAUCAAGAAGUUUGGUCCGACACCACAGGACAUUGCCGUUUUCCCGCCUGAUAAGGCACCUUGGCCUCCUUAUACCGUUUGGGACUUCUUCCCAGCAGCGUUCAAUUGCCCACACGAGGUUGAGCGGCUCGGGGCCCUUGGAGACGGUGGGAAAUGGGUUUGUGGUAUCUCUCGUGUAGAGGAGAAACCGGAUUGCGUCGUCUAUUCCUUUGGAAUUAACUACGAGUCCUCGUUUGAGGCUGAGAUUUUGGAGAAUACCAAGCACUGUGAGAUCUGGGGCUAUGAUUUCAGUGUAAAGUCCUUCGGACCUGAAAUUCCAAAGUCUCUUGGCCACCGCACCCAUUUCAAGGCCUUCGGAUUGUCUGGCGCGGACAAGCAUGGUCCUGACGACACACCGCCCAUGUAUACCCUCGAGACGCUCAUGAAGAUGAAUGGACAUACCCAUAUUGAUAUCCUCAAGAUCGAUAUUGAAGGAUGGGAGUUUGAUACUCUGACCACCCUUCUCAAACCAUACGUAUCUUCUGGACUCCCCGUUCCUUUCGGGCAACUUCAGCUUGAGAUCCACAUCUGGCAGAAGUCCUUCGCUGAGUACUUGGCAUGGUGGGAGAUGCUCGAGGCUGUUGGCCUCCGCCCAUUCUGGACAGAGCCCAACUUGGUCUACCAGAACUACAACAAGCAGGGCACAUCUGAGCUCGCCGAGUACUCCUUCCUUAAUGUCAAGGGCGACAACAUCUUCAUCAAAGAUCCCAAGAGGCCCUUCCAUCCAGAUGGUAAUCAUCCUCAUGGACCUCAGUGAAUACCCUUACACCCCCCUUCAUCAUUGCCACGAUGAAAUAUCCGCCAUUAAUCGACUGUUGACGUCUCUACGAGCAUCAUGCGCCUCCUACGGACGGAACGGAAUCUCAAGAAAAUCCACCCGGCUGACCUGUCGUGUUGACAUAAAUAAUACUCAUACCCUUUUUAUUUAAACCACCUGCUAUUGCCGAAUGGACCACUUGGACCCAUUCGUGAUCUAUUCGUGAUUUAUGUAUAUAUGGCUACAUCUA